UGUGGCGACGACGGUGGCGACGGGAGCGGCGGCGGUGGCGAGGAGGAGGAGGAGGAGGCUGGGGGCCGCCGAGCUCCGCGGGGCCGCCGCGUCGGCAGGGCGGAUAGCCCGCUGGGGCGGCGGGGCCGCGCUAGGAGAGGCGCUGGGCCGGCGGCGAGCCCCCGCCGGGCGCUGAGGGGAGCGGCGGCUGUUGCUGCCCGGGCGGGGGGCGACCUCCCCCCCGCCCCCCCACCCCACCCCCCUCCGGCAGCGGCGAAGGGACCCUCAGCGCAGCCCCGGCCGGAGCGUGAGGCGGGGGCUGCCGGCGCGGCGGCCCCGCUGAGGCGGGGGUGGGGGGGAAGGAGGAGAAGCCGCCCCCGCUCCAUGAGCGGCUCUCGCCCGCCUCGCUCUGCCCAGGGGAUCCGCGGCCGGCUGCCGCCGCAGCAGCAUGUGGAGUCCGACCGAGGAGGAGAAAUACGGCGUGGUGAUAUGCAGCUUCCGAGGAGCUGUACCGCAAGGCUUGGUCCUGGAACUAGGUGAAACUGUCCAGAUCCUAGAGAAAUGUGAAGGCUGGUACAGAGGUGUUUCCAUUAAGAAGCCCAAUGUAAAGGGGAUUUUUCCUGCAAACUAUAUUCACUUGAAAAAGGCAAUCGUCAGUAACAGAGGGCAAUAUGAAACAGUUGUUCCACUUGAAGAUUCUGUUGUGACUGAAGUCACAGCAACACUGCAGGAAUGGGCUGUGCUCUGGAAACAGCUGUAUGUGAAACAUAAGGUAGAUCUUUUCUACAAACUGCGGCAUGUGAUGAAUGAACUCAUAGACCUACGCAGACAGCUGCUGUCAGGGCACUUGACACAGGAUCAGGUGCGAGAGGUGAAGAGGCACCUCACAGUGAGGCUGGACUGGGGCAAUGAACAUUUGGGCCUAGAUUUAGUUCCUCGGAAGGACUUUGAGGUUGUGGAUUCAGAUCAGAUCAGUGUUUCAGAUCUUUAUAAAAUGCAUUUGUCAAGUCGACACAGUGUCCAGCAGAGCACAUCGCAGGUGGAUACAAUUCGUCAGCGUCAUGGGGAAGCUUGCCGUAUGCCAGUGCCUCAUCACUUCUUCCUCAGUCUGAAGAGCUUCACCUACAAUACAAUUGGAGAAGACACGGAUGUCUUUUUUUCUUUGUACGAUGUUAGAGAAGGCAAGCAGAUCAGUGAGAGGUUUAUGGUGAGGUUAAACAAGAACGGAGGCCCCAGGAAUCCAGAGAAGAUAGAUCGAAUGUGUGCACUUUUCACAGAUCUCAGCAGCAAGGACAUGAAGAGAGAUUUGUACAUAGUUGCCCAUGUAAUUCGAAUAGGUCGCAUGUUGCUAAAUGAUUCAAAAAAAGGCCCCCCUCAUUUACACUAUCGCCGCCCCUAUGGCUGUGCAGUAUUGAGCAUCAUGGAUGUACUUCAGUCAAUCUCUGAAAUAAAAGAAGAGAAGGAUUUUGUUCUCAAAGUUUACACGUGUAACAACGAAAACGAAUGGUGCCAGAUCCAUGAAAAUAUUAUUCGCAAGUCCAGCACCAAAUACACAGCACCCAGCUCAAACUAUGGACUUAUAAUAUCUCUUCAGCUUCUUCGUGGCGACAUGGAGCAGAUCCGAAGGGAAAACCCCAUGAUCUUUAACAGAGGCGUUUCUGUUACCAGGAAGCUGGGUUUUCCUGAUGUUAUAAUGCCAGGUGAUAUACGCAAUGACUUAUACCUGACAUUAGAAAAGGGAGACUUUGAAAGAGGUGGGAAAAGCGUGCAGAAGAACAUUGAAGUGACCAUGUAUGUGCUUUAUGCGGAUGGAGAAAUCUUGAAGGAUUGCAUCAGCCUGGGCUCAGGAGAGCCAAGCAGGAGUGCAUACCACUCGUUUGUCCUUUACCACAAUAACAGCCCUCGAUGGGGGGAAAUCAUCAAGCUGCCCAUCCCUAUAGACCGGUUCCGUGGGUCUCACCUCCGUUUUGAGUUCAGACAUUGCUCCACAAAAGACAAGGGAGAAAAGAAGCUCUUUGGUUUUGCAUUCACUCCGUUGAUGAGAGAUGAUGGCACUACCUUGUCGGAUGAUAUCCAUGAGCUUUAUGUUUAUAAGUGUGAUGAGAACAGCACAUUCAACAAUCACGCGCUGUACCUGGGGCUGCCUUGCUGCAAAGAGGACUACAAUGGCUGCCCCAACAUCCCGUCCAGCCUCAUUUUCCAGCGCAGCACCAAAGAGACCUUUUCAGUCUCCACACAGCUUUCUUCUACCAAACUGACCCAGAAUGUGGAUUUGCUUGCCCUACUGAAAUGGAAAGCUUACCCAGAUCGUGUGAUGGACAUUCUAGGAAGACUGAGACAUGUCAGUGGCGAGGAAAUUGUUAAGUUCCUACAAGAUAUUCUCGACACAUUGUUUGUAGUUUUGGAUGACAACACAGAAAAGUAUGGUCUGUUGGUCUUUCAGUCUUUGGUAUUCAUCAUAAAUCUGCUGCGUGACAGCAAGUAUUUUCAUUUUCGACCUGUGAUGGACACUUACAUUCAGAAGCACUUUGCAGGAGCGCUGGCUUACAAAGAACUGAUCCGAUGUUUGAAGUGGUACAUGGACCGUUCAGCUGAGCUUGUACGCCAAGACCACAUCCAGGAAGCGAUGAGAGCCUUGGAAUAUCUUUUCAAGUUCAUUGUCCAAUCUCGGAUCCUUUACUCCAGAGCUACUUGUGGAAUGGAGGAGGAACAGUUCCGCUCCAGCAUCCAGGAGCUUUUCCAGUCCAUCAGAUUUGUGCUCAGCUUGGACAGCAGGAGCUCUGAGACUCUCAUCUUCACACAGGCCUCUCAGCCUGGAGGGCAGGCGAGCGGAGCUGGGACAUGUGCCCCACAAAAAUGUGGUGGUACUUCAAGGCCGUCAUUUAAUUCUGCUGCUUUGCUGAACUCCUUCCCCGCUAUCUUUGAUGAGCUGUUGCAGAUGUUCACUGUGCAGGAGGUAGCAGAGUUCGUGAGGGGUACCCUGGGCAGCAUGCCCAGUACAGUACACAUUGGGCAAUCGAUGGAUGUUGUUAAGCUACAGUCUAUUGCACGCACUGUUGACAGCCGCCUGUUCUCCUUCUCAGAGUCCCGGCGCAUCCUGCUACCUGUAGUUCUUCACCACAUUCACCUUCACCUACGACAGCAGAAGGAGCUACUUAUCUGCUCUGGGAUCCUCAGUAGUAUCUUCUCCAUAAUCAAGACCAGCUCUUUGGAGGGAGAUGUCGUGGAGGAGGUUGAGAUGAUGGUGGAGAGCCUCCUGGAUGUGCUUUUACAAACUCUGCUUACAAUCAUGAGUAAAUCGCAGUCUCAGGAGGCGGUAAGAGGGCAGCGUUGCCCGCAGUGCACAGCAGAAAUCACUGGAGAAUACGUCUCCUGCCUUUUAUCUUUGCUUCGUCAGAUGUCAGACACUCAUUUCCAGCACUUACUGGACAACUUCCAAAGCAAGGAUGAACUAAAGGAGUUCCUCCUGAAGAUUUUCUGUGUAUUUCGGAACCUGAUGAAAAUGAGUGUCUUUCCUCGAGACUGGAUGGUGAUGAGAUUGCUCACCAGCAAUAUCAUAGUUACAACAGUUCAGUACCUGUCUUCUGCACUGCAUAAGAAUUUCACGGAAACGGACUUUGAUUUUAAAGUGUGGAACUCUUACUUCAGCCUGGCAGUUUUGUUUAUAAACCAGCCAAGUCUCCAACUAGAAAAUGCCACACCAGCAAAGAGGAAGAAGAUUCUGGAUAAAUAUGGCGAUAUGAGAGUGAUGAUGGCAUACGAGCUCUUCAGCAUGUGGCAGAACCUGGGUGAGCAUAAGAUUCACUUUAUUCCGGGAAUGAUUGGCCCCUUUCUUGGUGUUACACUUGUUCCACAACCAGAAGUCCGGAAUAUCAUGAUCCCCAUCUUCCAUGACAUGAUGGACUGGGAACAGAGAAAGAAUGGCAACUUCAAACAGGUGGAAGCUGAGUUGAUCGAUAAGCUGGACAGCCUGGUAUCCGAAGGAAAAGGUGAUGAGAACUACAGGGAACUCUUCAGCCUGCUAACCCAGCUCUUUGGGCCUUAUCCCAGUUUGCUGGAGAAGAUUGAGCAGGAAACAUGGCGGGAGACUGGAAUCUCUUUUGUUACAUCAGUUACUCGUCUCAUGGAGCGUCUGCUUGACUACAGGGACUGUAUGAAAGGAGAUGAAACAGAAAACAAGAAAAUCGGCUGCACUGUUAACCUUAUGAAUUUCUAUAAAUCUGAAAUUAACAAGGAAGAGAUGUACAUCCGCUAUAUCCACAAGCUGUGUGACAUGCACUUACAGGCUGAGAACUAUACAGAGGCUGCAUUUACUUUGCUUUUGUACUGUGAGUUGCUUCAGUGGGAGGACAGACCUCUGAGAGAGUUCCUGCAUUAUCCAUCUCAGUCAGAGUGGCAACGUAAGGAAGGUCUGUGCCGUAAGAUUAUCCAUUACUUCAACAAAGGGAAGAGCUGGGAGUUUGGAAUCCCGCUGUGCAGAGAACUGGCCAUACAGUAUGAAAGUCUCUAUGAUUAUCAGAGCCUCAGCUGGAUUCGGAAAAUGGAAGCUACCUAUUACGAUAACAUCAUGGAACAGCAGCGCUUAGAACCUGAGUUUUUCAGAGUUGGUUUUUAUGGUCGGAAAUUCCCAUUUUUCCUGCGGAACAAAGAAUAUGUAUGUCGGGGCCAUGACUAUGAGAGGCUGGAAGCCUUCCAGCAGAGGAUGCUAAGUGAGUUCCCACAAGCCAUUGCAAUGCAGCAUCCAAACCACCCAGAUGACUCUAUAUUGCAGUGUGAUGCCCAAUAUUUACAGAUCUAUGCAGUGACUCCUAUCCCAGACAAUAUAGAUGUGCUGCAAAUGGACCGUGUCCCUGAUCGCAUAAAGAGCUUUUACCGAGUCAACAACAUCCGGAAAUUCCGCUACGACAGGCCCUUCCACAAAGGCCCAAAGGACAAGGAGAAUGAAUUUAAGAGCUUGUGGAUUGAACGUACCACUCUGACCCUGACUCACAGUUUGCCUGGGAUCUCUCGUUGGUUUGAAGUGGAGAGAAGAGAACUGGUUGAAGUAAGUCCUUUGGAAAAUGCCAUUCAAGUGGUUGAGAACAAAAACCAGGAGCUGAGAACACUGAUAAGCCAGUACCAGCAUAAACAAAUGCAUGGUAACAUUAAUCUUCUCAGCAUGUGUCUGAAUGGAGUGAUUGAUGCAGCUGUUAAUGGGGGAAUUGCACGAUACCAGGAGGCCUUUUUUGAUAAAGAUUAUAUCACAAAGCACCCUGGAGAUGCAGAGAAGAUCACACAGCUCAAGGAACUCAUGCAGGAACAGGUACAUGUCUUAGGAGUGGGUCUGGCAGUCCAUGAGAAAUUUGUACACCCAGAAAUGCGUCCCCUGCAUAAGAAACUGAUAGACCAGUUCCAGAUGAUGCGAUCCAGUCUGUACCAUGAGUUACCUGGUUUGGAUAAGCUGAGUCCAGCCUGUUCUGGCACUAGUACGCCACGCAGCAAUGUUCUGGUUUCGCAUGGACCUAUGAGCCCAGAGAGCAUAAAGCUGAUGCAUCGACACAGCCCACUGAACUUGCUCGGUUCAGUCCGACACUCAUCGUCCUCUCUGUCGUCCCACACCUCCAGUGAAACAGGAAACCUGGUUAUCCUAACAGACAGUUCUGUGGGGGAGACUGCUGAGGAUAUGUACCACAUGCAGCUUGUUUACCCUAACUCCAGGUACCAAGGCUCAGUCACCAACGUCUCUGUUUUAUCCUCGUCCCAGGCUAGCCCUUCCACCUCAAGCCUGAGCUCUACUCACUCGGCACCAUCCCAGAUGAUUAACUCUGCCCCUUCCAGUGCUCGAGUGCUGGUGAAAGGUGCUGGAUUGACAACACUGGAGGCUGAAGCCCUCUAUUUAUCCACAGAACAGAUACAGCAUGGGCGGCAGCCAUGCAAGCUUCCCCACGCUGCCCCCACCAAUGUGCCUCAUCUCUGUCCUGGAGGGACCACCUCUAGAGAUAAGUACCGCCACUCUCGGGAGAUGAUGAUGUUGCUGCCAACCCAUCGGGACCGACCUAGCAGUGCCAUGUAUCCCACAGCUAUCAUGGAAAAUGGACAGCCUCCAAAUUUCCAGCGCGCCUUGAUCCAGCAAAUGAUUGGGCCAUGCAAACCUUGCAGUGAUCCCAACCUGUCUGUGGCUGAGAAAGCUGUGCCAGCAGCGCCCAGUAGCUGGAGCCUAGACAGCGGAACCAGAGAGGCCCUUCCAUUCCUGUCUGCCCACGUUGGGAGCAUCUUGGCCCCACCAGUGCCUCCCCGAAGCCUGCCCCAUGGACACUACUCACUGCACUUUGAUGCCUUCCAUCACCAGCUCAGUGAUGCUCCUCCGGCACUGCCUGCACGAACAUUGCGCAAGUCCCCUCUUCAUCCUAUCCCUGCAUCACCCACCAGUCCGCAGUCUGGUCUAGAUGGAAGUAACUCCACUUUAUCCGGCAGUGCCAGCAGUGGUGUCUCUUCCUUGAGUGAGAGCAAUUUUGGACAUUCUUCUGAACCACCUCCUCGCACAGACACCAUGGAUUCUGUCCCCAGCCAGGCCUGGAACACUGAUGAAGAUCUGGAGACACCCUACCUCCCUGUCAGGUACAGUCUCUCUGAGCCUGAUGUCCUAGAGUCGCUCAAAUCCCAGCCAUGCCGAAGCCACUCUGCUCCAUCUGGAGUCAUUCCUCAGGACACCAUGGACCCUCCUGCUCUACCCCCCAAACCUUACCACUCCCGGCUGCCAAACAUGGAGAAUGAGGAGGGAAUGAUAAUUGAAGAUGAUGACAAACACCGCCCAUUGCAUCGUAAAGUAUCCCAACCAGUGAGUGGUGGAAAGGAAGAGCAGGCCAGGGUAGCAUGGGAGCAUGGCAUCAGUGAGCAGUAGGGACAACUCCUGGCAAGCAGCUCACAUAGUCAUUCCUUCUACAAAGGAGAGAUAAGGACUCGGAGAACAGCAAACCGAUUUUCUACUGCCGCAAGUUUAUGUCUGGAGCCCACAAAAGCAACUGGGCCAGCAUGGGAGGUUGCUGCUUUCCUUUUUAAUUUCUUUUUACACCUUUCCGUUACAUUUUUUAACUUUCUGUGCAGUGGACAGUUUGUUCCUUCUGCAGUUUCUUAACCACAUCGUAUGGCACACAAGCCAUAGAGACUUGCAGAAGCUGAAAAAUACAAUUUUAAGCAGAGGGGGGGGAAAGGGGGGAAUGUGGCAAGUUCAUUUUGAAACUGCUUUCCUCCCAGUUCUGAGACGCACAUGAGUAGAAGCAGUUGCACUAGGGACAUAUUUCUUUGCUGUACAGAAGUGAAAGCUCAUUGCUGAAAUCAGGGAUUCUAUGAACUGUCAGGCUUGAAGGUGCAUGAGCUGCAGGCAGUGGAAAGAUGGCAAUUCUAAGAAGAAAUUGGCUCUUUUGAGAGCAGGAUUGUACAUAUCUGUGCAGUGAUCUCCCUGCAUUGGUUCAUAGGUGCUGAGGCAAUCUAACCAGUGCUGAUGCACUGAUUUCCAAGAUAUCAUUUCCAACAAACUCUGCCUCCUCUGUUUUUUAUGUACUGUUUGAUUUCUUAAAUUUUGCUUUCACUGGCUAAACCAACCUGCUUUCUCAUUGGAAUCAUAUGCUAUUCAUCUGCGCUACAGAAUGAGAGGGGGUUAGUAGCCAUUGGAGCUACAACCUAAUUGUAGGCCUUUCCCAUGCCCAACUUUGGGCAGGCUGUUGACACCAGCAUUUCUAUUCCAGUUUAAAAAAUAAAACAAAAACAACCAAAUUGAGUUUCUCAUGCCACAGCUGGUUAAUGACCCAGCCAGUAAAGAAAAGGUGGCUUAAAUGCAUCAUAUUCAACAAUCCUUGCCUCAGGGCUGAACAUCACAAUCCUCACCAACUUCCAUCACCCAGGAGCUGAGAUUCAUUCCCUGUUAACAUAAUGUCCUCAGUCCCUCCCAAAAACUCACUACAGCUGGUGUGCAGAAAGAAUCUCCAUUUCUCACAGCAGACAGAAAAAAACCAAGACUCAAGAAAGGCCCAGUAUAUAGUGUACACCCUAGAGUCAGGGAUCUUAAAGGCAACCUGUAAAGAAGAAAUGUUUGUUUCCUCUUUUGCUUCUUUAGAAUGUAUAAAGAAGCUUUAAGAGCUUCUUCUCUCUCUUCUGGAAGGUUGAUUUUUUUUUUUUUCUUUUUCUCCUCAAGCAGCAAUACAGCCUUUCCCCACCACACACACCUUUUUUUAUUGAGAGGCUCCAGAAAGGGCUAAAGAACCAACCCAAAACCAAGAAACAGAACUAUGCACAGGUGAAGACAGUACAAGUCUAUGAACAUAAAACAAGCCUUUUAAUCAGUAUUUGCUUAGUUCAGUACAUGACAAACCAGGAGAAAAGUCUGUGGGUAACAGAGCCAAGAUCUGUUCUUUGAAAAGAACACUAAGAAAUCUUUUAUUCCUAUUUUCAUAUUUUUCAAGAAACUUUCAAUCAAAAGAGUAUCAAGUAUUUAAUGUUUUUAGAUAAACAAGCAAUGUUCCUUCCUCCUACCAUGCCCCACACACAUUUUAGCCUUCCUUAUAACCCUUUCCACCUGCAGAUUGCAAAGCACACUCCAGAGGAUGGUAACAGACCACCCUCUUUCUUACCGCUGAAAAAUCUGAAGCACAUUCAAGUAAGACUUACCUCCACCAAAUAAAUUAGUGUCAGAAACAGGAAUAGCACUCAACUUUGAUAUUGAAUUCUUGCCCUAAUCACUCAGUUUUUCAUGCUACAAACAGCAUAAAGAAGCAAAAAAAGGAUAUUCUAAAUCUUUUACAGGUCACCUUUAGCACUACCUCUAAAUACAGUGACUGGGCAGAGUACGUUGCUUCUGAACUCUCCUAAAGAUGAUCUGUCUGGGCUCAGCAGUCGUAUGAAGGGGAUUUUAAGAGGAUUUGUUUAUUUUCUUUCUCAAGCUCUAGCCCAUGCAAAACCACUGAGUUACAGAUUUGUUUCUUAAAUGGCCUGUUUGGCUGGAACAAAGUCUCUCUUGCUUCCUCUAUUUUGUUACUAACGCAGGCUGCUUGUAAUCAUUAUAUCCUUCACACUUAAGACAAUGAUAAUAAAACCUGGACUAUAGUGGAUGUUUCAUCUUUAGUGGGAAGGAGAGUCUUCCAAUGCUAGGACAGUCCUAAAUGUUAAUGAACCAAGCCAGAUCUCUGAUAUAGAACACAUGUAUGAAAACUCAACUCAAAAUUAUGCUUUCAGUAAAGGUAAGUCAAGGUAAUUCCUUAGAAAUGAAUGAAAUAUUUUCACAUAUGCUAUUCUCCAAUCUCACUAAGACUCUUCAAGUGAGGUUUUUAAGAGAACUAAGUAUUCAAUUCCAUCUCCCCUGCCCCCUUGGGGUUUUUUUUUUGGCAGGAAGAUUAAAAGUAGUAAAUGAAGUGACUUACUGAGCUUCCUUAUUGCAAAAAGACAGCAGGUCUUGCAAAUAAAACUUUGCAAAACCAAGAAUGCAACUAACAUGGGACUAAGUCCCAGUCAGCUGGAAAACCUGCCCACUAGAACUCUAAUCAGUCUCUCAAAACGUAUCAUCCUGCUCUGAUUAGAGACAUUGUACAACAGCAGUGAGUCCAUUUGGGAAGUCUGAGAUUACUAUGUAUUUGUAAGGGUUUGAAUAUCAAUCAGAUGAUGUAUACAAAUACCUAGUUUACGGCAGGUCCACACAGAGAAAGACAGAAUAAAUUGCUGAAUUUACUAAAUUUAAGCCUCUCUGGAGUUAAAUUUCUGUUACUGUUCUGAUAUCUACCAAAUAUUCUGUCUCCCUUUUCAGUGCUUGCCUUAAAGGGGGCAGAAGAUUGAAAGACUAUUAUUAAGAUUAAGAUUUUGUGAAUGUUGGAACUAAUACUUCUUGGAACUAAUACUUUUCUGUAGGGUGAGGUGUCUUAUAGCUAAGUAUAACUCCAACAUCAAGCUCAGUCCUGGAGUAGGUGGAAGCAACAGCAGUUGUUGCACUUGCCCAGCAGGAUUUGAAGAUUCCUUGUAUAAACCACAGCAACAGGAUGUUUUGAACAGGACCUUGUCAUUCUAUACUUGACUCUAAUUCAAACUUAGUAUGUACUUGCCUUCACUGGGUUUUCUUUGUGUAACAAAAUAGCAUGUGCAUUCCUGAGAAAAUUGGUGGAAUUCUGCUACAAAUCUCUCCAUCAUCAGUGUACCUGCUGGCCCCAUCUGAAACAAAAUUGAGAAGGAACUACAGUAGUAGAAGAAAAGCAAUUAAAACAAUUUCUCUGAAUCCUACAAUUUUUUUCCAAUGGUUGGGUUGGGUUUAUUACUGUGUGCAAGACUAAGAUUCUUUUCUGUCUUUUCCUCUGUUUGGUUUUUAGCUUACUUACCCUUUUUUAGGUAAGGGAUAUUGCAUAUCCCUUCUGUGGGAGAAUCAGCCAAAACUGGGGAGGCUGGAGAGAGCAAGAGCCUUUGGGAAACAAAUUAUGUGAUAUUUAAAAUUUCCUCUGAUCAUGCUUCUUUGUAAAUACCCCCAUUUGAAUGCUGUGUAUUUGUACAGGAAAUUGAGCAAAAAAUGUAUAGAUUGUGAUGUCUGACUGGUAUUCUGCCCUGUAAAUGUGUUUUUAACCUCUGGCAUUCUGUGCUUAUUUAAAAAAGGCAAAAACCUCUAACCACUUCUCUUUUGUGUAUUCAUGUUUAAAAUAAAAUGAAAACAGCUAUCUUAUCUAUAAUGGAAAUCAAAUUUAAAAGGAAAAAAAUAAUUUGUACAAGUGUCCUAAAGGUACUUCAUUGUAUAUAUUGUGAUAGCAUGUUUCCAGAACCAACAAAUAAGUGGUGUGAAUUUUAGAUGUAAAUAUCUGCCGUUUGUUUUGGGUUUCUUUCCCUUACCCAUUCACUCGACUGCUGUGAUGUGGAAUUAAAGAUUAAUACCUGAUAUUAAAA